UUGAAAUGUACUUUUGCAGAGCCUUGGAAGCAUCGCAAACGUCAGCAUUGUCGUUCACGUAUUAGUUCUGUUGACUUAUCGAGUUCACGAACUACACGGCGGUUGAGCUCAGAUGUUCACUUGACGGAGAAGAAGAUCAAAGAGAAAGAGGAAAAAAGUCAACCACACUCAUGCAGUCGAAAGAUUUCGGGAAAUUCAAAUGUACGGGUGACUCGAGGGUCCGAUUCGAAACUGGCACCGCUGAUCAGUGACGUGGUUUGUGCCGCCAGUCGCGAGAUGCGUAAAGAAGACUUCACGACGCCUAUUCGAAGAUCAUCCACGAGACUGCAUUCACGUGAGGACUGUGAAGAUGACAGGAAAACUCUUGUUAAGAAUGAGCCAUGGGAGAUAGCUGGGCAUAAUUCUUGUGCUGGUGAAGUUCAUAGUGCUUUGCACGUUAACGGAUUUUCUUCGCGAUCCCCUCUCAAUUCACGAAUGCAUUCGCCAAAGGUUAAAAAGGAGAUUCGAGAAGAAGAUGAUGAUUGGGAUCGCCCUGGUCCAAGCAGCUCGAUUCCGGCUAGUAAUCUCACUAAUGGACGCUGCAAUGGAGAGCUCAGGACGAGGCUAAGGCGGAACGGAGAGCCCCUCGGCGUUUCAAGAUUCCCAAAGAAAGACUCCCAUUGGCCACGCUUGAACAAGCAACGAAGCCAGAAGAACUAA